UCCCUCCAUGGUUUCUCCUUUGCCUGAGUAAGUUGGCGUUUGGUUCACUUCAUUAUACAGUCCCUAUUCACCCUCCAUUAAGGCAUCUCUCCGCUUUUGGGCUGAAUAAUUUCAACCAACACCCAGGAGGAAAAACUUAAAGGGGAAGAUGGACAUGAAAAAAAGGAUCCACCUAGAAUUGAGAAAUAGGACACCAUCUGAUCUACGAGAACUAGUCCUUGACAACUGCCGGUCUAAUGAAGGAAAAAUUGAAGGUCUCACUGCAGAAUUUGUGAAUCUCAAAUUCCUCAGCUUAAUAAAUGUUGGCUUAAUGUCUGUUUCCAACCUUCCGAAGCUUGGAAAGUUAAAACAAUUGGAGCUCAGUGACAACAGAAUUUCGGGGGGACUUGAUGUCUUGGCAGAAAAACUUCCAAACCUCACACACCUAAACCUCAGUGGAAACAAACUUAAAGACAUCAGUACAUUGGAACCUUUGAAAAAGCUAGACUAUCUGAAGAGCCUUGACCUUUUCAAUUGUGAAGUUACAAACCUGAAUGACUAUCGGGAGAGUGUCUUCAAGCUACUGCCUCAGCUCACAUAUCUGGAUGGAUAUGACAUGGAGGAUCAGGAGGCAUCUGACUCCGAUGGGGACCUGGAUGGAGAUGGAGUCGACUUUGACGAUGAAGAAGGGGAGGAUGAUGAGGAUGAUGAAGAUGGUGAGGAGGGGGAUUUUGAUGAAGAGGAUGAUGAUGACGAUGAUGACGAGGUAGACGGGGAAGAGGAUGAUGAUGUCAGUGGAGAGGAUGAAGAAGAAGGCAUUGCCCGAGCUGGGGCAGUUGAUGAUGAUGACGAUGAUGAUGACGAUGAUGAUGAUGACGAAGAUGAGGAGGAGGAGGAAGCAGCAAGAGGCGAGAAGCGGAAGCGGGAGGCAGAGGAUGAAGACGACGAAGAUGAUGAUUAAGAGCAGACGUCCCAUUCAGUUACCCUUUCUCUCCUCCUGUUUGUCCCACCUCCGCAUGGGGGUCUGUGCUCCUUUGAAGGACUAUAUUGUACCGGCUGGAUUGGGGUACGCAGUCAAGAGUGGUGGGCCAGUGUUUCAAACGGAGCUCCACACAGCAUUCCAGUUACGCCGUCACCUCUUUGUAAGCUCACGCGAGGACUUUGGGGACUGUUUUCCGGGGGUCUGUGCUUUUAAUAAUUUGUUGGAGGAUUUUUUUUGUUGUUCUGUUGCUCGUUUUAUUUUUUGUUUGUUUCGGAUAAGUUUAUUUUUCAUUUUUCAUUUUUAUUUUUCGCUAUAGCAACAAAGUCUGAUGGGUGAGUCAUGAAUUUUGCGUGGCUGCUCGUUGUACUCGUCAAGGUUGUAGCUAUAUUUUUACUUUCUGUCAAAAAAAAAAAACUUUGUAAAUAAAUUCUUAACAUUAA